CGCCCCCAACCAAGUCCAAAAGAGAGAAGCGAGUACCACCAUUUGAGACCUGGCCCCCCGCCACCACCACCAGCCCCCGACAUGCACCUUCCUCUUUUCCAACUCCAACGACCCUUUCAACCCUCGACCAAACAAAUGUCAAACAUAUAUCAAAGGCUCUGUUUUCCGUCUCAACUGCCAAUUCAUCAACCAUGUCUGUUCUCUUCAUCGUUUUCUUCUUCAGCUUCCUCCCCCUUUCACUUUCCCAGCCCCCACCCCCUCCCCUCAGAGGAUGUUUUAUUGACUGCGGCGCUACUGACGGGUCUACAAUCGACGGAAAAGUAUGGUUUCCCGACGCAGCCUUCGUCUCUGGUGGGACGCCCAAGAACCUUACUACCCCUGUCCUCGAUCCCAUUCUCUCCACCGUCCGGUCAUUUCCUCUGCAGAACAACCUCCGCAAGAAGUUCUGCUACGUCGUCCCCGUCUACCGCGGGGCCAAGUACCUGAUCCGGACCACCUACUUCUACGGAGGAAUCAACGAACAGGACUCGCCGCCCGUGUUCGAUCAGAUAAUCGACGGGACUUUAUGGGGAGUGGUGAACACCACGGAGGAUUACGCCAACGGAAUGUCAACGUAUUUUGAAGGGGUUUUCGUUGCGCAGGGGAAAUUCAUGAGCCUGUGUAUCGCGGCGAAUACGUAUACGGAUUCAGACCCGUUUAUAACGGCGUUGGAGUUUCUGAUAGUCGGAGACUCCCUCUACAAUUCGACGGAUUUUGGCAAGUAUGGUCUGGGGUUGGUUGCCAGGCAUGCUUUUGGGUUUUCGGGAUCGAUCAUUCGCUAUCCCGAUGAUCAUUUCGAUCGGGUUUGGGUGCCAUUUGGAGGAAAUUAUUCUACACCAGCAGGAAACAGGAACAUUUCUGUUUCUUCUUUCUGGAAUCUUCCCCCUUCAAAGAUAUUUGAGACGGAUCUGAACACUACCAAAGUACAACCAAAGGAGUUGAACUGGCCUCCACUUUCCCUUCCAAACUCAACAUACUACAUUGCUCUAUACUUUGCAGAUCAUCGUAAUUGGAGCUCAAGGGUGUUUGAUGUAAGCAUAAAUAAUGUAUCAUAUUACCGCAAAUUGAAUGUCACUCCAGCUGGUGCUUGUGUCUUUGCAACCCAGUGGCCACUUGCCGGUGCUAUAAAGAUAACUUUGACCCCUGCUGUUGGUUCAAACAUUGGUCCUUUGAUAAAUGCGGGAGAGGUUUUUGAGGUGCUGACUCUAGAAGGAAAAACUACUACCCGAGAUGUUAUAGCUUUGGAAAAAGUAAAAGACAGUCUCAAGAAUCCUCCACUUGUUUGGAAUGGUGAUCCUUGUUUACCCCGCCAGUACUCUUGGACCGGCAUUUCCUGCUCCAAAGGUCCCCAGAUUCGCGUGAUCACCUUAAACCUGACAAACAUGGGUCUCUCAGGAACGCUGUCACCUAGCAUUGCCAACAUGACAGCAUUGACUGGCAUCUUUCUUGGCAAUAACAAUUUGACUGGACCUAUUCCUGAACUCAGUUCAUUGAAGAUGCUAGAGAUGCUGCAUUUGGAAAACAAUCAGUUCAGUGGAGAAAUUCCCUCGUCACUUGGGACCAUUGACGGAUUGCGUGAACUUUUCGUACAGAACAACAAUCUGACUGGUCUAGUUCCAAGUAUCCUUACAAAACCUGGGCUGAACCUCAAGACUUCUCCUGGAAAUAAUUUUGCAUCUCUCCCACCUUCUUGAGCAAGUACUUCAGGAUCUAAUGAUAAGAGCGACUUGGCUGCUUUCUCCAGAAACUUGAUUCUGACCAUUGAUUCACGUAUCGAUAUAUUCCAUAAAAGAGCUGUUAUUGUUACAAGAAGUCUGCUGGAAGUUGUUUAUGCAAGUUCUCCAAGCUUGGACUUUUGUACUUGGGGUAGAUAUUGCUCUGCUCUCCAAAGCAAUUUGGAGCAUUCAAAACUCUACACUCGAAAUGGUUGUUUCUUUUUUUUAGUCAAAUGUAAUUGGAUCAUGCUUUUAAAAUUUAUGUGAUUGUGCAUAUAUAAUCAUACCUUAUUCAUUUGUUGUAUAGUUUUGUUCGCUAAUAUACUACAGGUUCUGUUUUCAGUGAGGUCGUGGAUUGUAUCUGUUCAUGUUUUGUAUACUUGUAAAACAUUACUUAUUCACGUAUUUCUAAUAUGACAUGGUUCCAUUCUCUUCGCAUGGCAAGU